UUGAGGCAUCUGCCUGGAUUCUCUACCUGAAUGGCUCCAAGGCAUCUUAGCAUCUGGUGGCUUCUGGCUGUUUUUGCUUUGCCGUAUUGCCUUGGUCAGGAUGAAAACAUGGAGGUGAGGAGAAGAGCUAUUAAACCAUUGGCCAAAGUAGUUGGGAGUCAUCACCAACGGACGGGCUUUAUAUCCAGCAGGGAAGUAGUAGGAGAGCGGAAUCUCCACAUUGAGACAUUUACCAUUAAUACUGCUACUCAAAAAGAGUUGGGGAACCCCGAGGUAGAUGAGCUAGAGCAACCCACCCACAGAGUCCAGACCCCACAGCAACCAGAGUGUAAUAGCUGCUGUCGGGGAGACUUUGGGUACAGAUUUCAGCAACCAGUUGCCGGACCACCAGGACUACCUGGACCGCCUGGUAUCCCAGGAAAUCAUGGAAAUAAUGGGAACAAUGGGGCACAGGGGCAUGAAGGAGUGAAGGGUGACAAAGGCGACAAAGGAGACAUGGGCCCAAGAGGAGAACGUGGUCAUGUAGGCGUGAAAGGUGAAAAAGGAUACCCAGGUGUCCCACCGGAGCUUCAGGUAGCCUUCAUGGCCUCUAUGGCCACUCACUUCAGCAACAUCAACAGCGGGAUCAUCUUCAGCAGCGUGGAGACAAACGUCGGCAACUUCUUUGACGUCAUGACCGGAAGAUUUUCAGCCCCAAUAGCAGGCGUCUACUUUUUUACUUUCAGCAUGCUGAAGCAUGAAGAAGUGGAGGAUGUAUACGUCUACCUUAUGCAUAACGGCAAUACCAUAGUCAGUAUGUACAGUUAUGAGUCCAAGGGGAAACAGGACACGUCGGGGAACAACGCCGUGUUAAAACUGGCAAAAGAAGAUGAGGUGUGGCUGAGAAUGGGAACCGGAGCCCUCCACGGGGAUCAUCAACGUUACUGCACCUUCUGUGGGUUCCUGCUCUUUGAGACAAAAUGAGGACAAAUAAGAAAUGAAAGGAUCUAGUACCCUGAAACAUAAAAAAAAAGCAAAAAUAAAAAAAGUGUUUUAUAAAAAAUACUACACGUUAAUGGACCAAUUCCAAAAUGUCCUAUACACUCUACAUGCACCUAUAGGCAGGGAGCCUGUAGGUGCUAGUUAACAGGACCACAUCCCUAACCAACUGGGCAGGGGCCCAUGCUCUAGUACCUGAAGGGAACCAAAGACCCCGCUGCCACAUAUGAUUUGCACUGGGGCCUAGGAGCUCCAGGUUAAGCCUCUGCACCAGUACAGAAGGAGCUGGUUUACCCCAGGAUUAUUUCACCACAAGUUUGUUCUUAUCACCCAAUGAAAUAAGGGAUGUGAUGCAGCAAUGAGUUGGGGCCCUCUGUCCAGGGACCCCAUAUCUGCUACGUAGUCUGCCUCUAUGCUAUGUAUGCCCUUGGCCCUAUGACAAAAAUGUUGAACUGUUUGAAUUGCCUUUUCGUGAAAUCCACUGUGAUAUAAUGACGAGUGUUGAGCGGCAGGGGUCAUUUUCGAAUUCGAUAUUUCGCAAAUAUUUUGUAGAAUAUUUGAAUAUUUGCGAAUUCGAAUAUUCGUUAUAUUCUACAUUUUUAUACUCGAAAAAUC